CGGAUUUUCAGCGAUGUCGGCCGAAUUGAAGAAGCUGAACAUCUUGAUGUGUGGCACUGGCGAGUACACCACUGGGUGGACCGGCGCUGGUGCCUCAAAAUCCGACAAGAAGAUCGGCGUCGUCGGGCUGACAUGCUUUGACCAACGGAGACUCGGGAAGGUGGACAAGCUGGGCAUGGUCGGCACAAAUGGCUCGAAGUUCCCCGCUAUCCGAAAGCACCUCCAGGAGAACAUCGCCAAUGUCUACAAAGACAUGGACCUCUCCUUCGAUGCGUACCCAGAGGGAGAGUCUAUCGACCCGGAGGCUUACAAACAGGCCAUCGACAAGCUGUCUCCCGGUGAUGCUGUGAUCAUCUUCACUCCGGAUAGCACUCAUUACCGCAUUUCGCUGUAUGCUAUCGAGCGUGGCCUGCACGUCUUGGUCACGAAACCCGCCGUCCAGCUGCUCCAGCACCACAAUGAACUCGUCGAAGCGGCAAAGAAGCACAACGUAGUAUGCUUCGUUGAGCACCAUAAACGCUUCGAUCCCGUAUACAGCGACGCCAAGGCACGCGCUCCGUCUCUGGGCGAGUUCAACUUCUUCAGCGCGUGGAUGAGCCAGCCCAAGAGCCAGCUGGAGACGUUCCGUGCCUGGGCGGGCAAGGAUUCCGACAUCAGCUACUACCUGUCGUCGCACCAUAUCGACAUCCACUGCUGGAUGAUGCAGGACAGGGCGGUCCCCACGCGUGUCGUUGCGAGCGCCGCGGCCGGGAUCGCGACGAGCGAGCCGUUUAACUGCGUGCCCCAGACGGAGGACACGAUCACGCUGCUCGUCGACUGGCAGUCGCUCACGAGCGCAACCCACCGCGGCACCGCCGUCUACACGGCCUCGUGGACAGCCCCACUCAAGGCGGGGAUCCACACCGGUCAACACUGGUACUACAUGGCUGAGAAGGGCGAGAUCAACGUCGACCAGGCGCACCGCGGUUACGACAUCGUCCAGGAUGACACGGGCAAGGCGUGGUACAACCCCUUCUACAUGAAGUACUCGCCGUCGGAGAGCGGGCACUUUGACGGCCAGCGCGGGUACGGCUACGUGUCCAUCGAGAAGUUCAUCGACGCCGCGCGCAGCGUGAAUGCGGGGCUGACGCAGCCGGCGGACUACGACAAGCACGGGCUGCCCACAAUCGCGAACACGGUGCUCACCACCGCGAUCCUGAACGCGGGCCGCAUCAGCCUCGACGAGAAGCGCCCGGUCACGAUCAAGCACAACGACGGCCAGUGGGUGCUCGAGUGAGCCCGGGGAAGCGAAGGUGCGGCGGGUUCUUGUCAUGCGAAGGUCUGACUUGACGGAUGGAUGGGAAGGCUUGGGGGCGGCGCGCGGGGGCGCGAGAAGCUGCGUAUCUGCAUGUAUUGUGGGCGCGCGUCCGGGGUAGAAUGGAGGAAGAUCGGCGGCUGGUUCCCCGCCUCCUGAGCGGGGUCGGGACACCGGGUGCGCACAUGGUGGUACGGGACGUGGAGGGGAAGAAAGAUGAAGUGCUGUCCAGUGUCCGCGCUGUAUGUACGAUAGCUUAAACGUUGGAUCUUCUCGCCGUUCGGCGUCGAACUCGAAGC